AUGACAGAAAAAAGGUGGAGCAAAACACACACAGAAGAUGUUAUAGAUGUAACCCCAUUAGCUCUCAAAGGGAUAUCCGAAGCAGCGCGGUAUUAUAGGGUAUUAUUACUUACAUCGACAUUAUAUCUGUAUACAUUGACAAGUAAUCAAGGGGAGCCACCAGCUGCAGGAUCUUUGGACCAUGAUAUCCCUUGCGCUACUCACGGCAAAGUGGUGGCACUACAUGCUUAUGACAGAUUUUGCCCAUUUACAACGUGCUGA